AUUGAUUGAUCUUCAAAUAGACUCGUAUACUGAAAAAGUUAAGUGCCUGACGGCGUGCGCGCUGGAGCAGUUGGGCGCCAUGAAGGACGGCCGGUGGCUGGCGGUGCCCGCCGAGAAGCGACUCGACGUCUAUCACCGCCUGUUCCACGACGACCCCUUGAAAAUGCAAGUGGCGGACAUCGUCAUCCACAAGUGCGACAGGGAAGCUGAUGAGAAAUAUAUGGGCAAGGGCAACAGUUGUGACAUAGUAUUCGACGCUAUGGAGUGUAUGUGGCAAGUUAUGGAUCAAACGUCACAGAAAAUUGAACUCUGA